AUGGUCUUUCCUCCUCCACCGGUCAAUACAAUUGACUGGAACAAUAUUGGCUUCAAAGUCCGCGAAGUCAAUGGACAUAUUGAAUCCCACUACAGCGUCAAAACUGGCGCCUGGACGAAACCACAAUUCAUAAGAGAUCCUUUCAUGCGCAUCCAUGGCAUGGCACCAGGCCUCAACUACGGCCAGCAAGCCUAUGAAGGCAUGAAAGCAUUUCGCUCGCCAAACAACGAAAUCACAAUCUUUCGACCCAAACGAAAUGCUGCUCGAAUCGCACACUCUGCAAGCUUUGUCUCGAUGCCUCCCGUGCCCGAAGAGCUCUUUAUUGAGGCUGUUCACGUGGCGGUGUCAUUAAACGCCUCGCACAUCCCACCUCACGAGACCGGAGCUGCAAUGUAUAUACGUCCUUUGAUCUUUGGCUCAAGUGCCCAAUUGGGUCUCAAUCCUCCUGAGGAAUAUACCUUCUGCGUCUAUGUUAUGCCGACUGGAGUAUACCAUGGCGUGCACCCAGUCAAGUGCCUGAUUCUGGAGGACUUCGAUCGAGCAGCACCAGACGGAACCGGUAGUGCAAAGGUGGGAGGCAAUUAUGCACCGGUAAUGAGAUGGAGUGACAAGGCACGGAACGAGGGUUACGGUAUCACAUUACACCUGGAUUCUAAGACGAGAACGGAGAUCGACGAGUUCUCCACCAGUGGUUUCAUUGGCAUCAAAAAAGACGGGGACAGUAUCACAAUGGUGACACCGGAUAGUAAGAACGUUAUCGCCAGUGUAACUUCGGACUCAUGCCAGGAGAUUGCAAAGAGCUUUGGAUGGAAGACUGAAGUUCGCUCGAUCAAGUACGAAGAGCUACCCACAUUCAGCGAGGUCCUUGCUGCAGGUACUGCAGCAGCUCUGGUUCCAAUCAAGUCCAUCACUCGGAAUAGCCGCAACGAAACAUUCUCCUAUAUUACAGACAACAGCGAUGAGCCAGGUCCCAUCUGCAUGAAGCUGUUGACGACCUUGAAGGGAAUUCAGAUGGGCAAGAUCAAGGAUACAUUUGGCUGGAACUUGAAGGUAGAAGAAGUGGAUCUAUCAAAAUAUGCUGCCGGCGAGCAGACCAAUGGUGUUAAUGGCGACAGUGUCGACAAAUUACCAUAG